AUGAGUUAUUUAAGGGCUGAUGCGGCCAGAGGGCUCGUCGUUUGAAGACUCUCUCGGAAGAGAUAGCGUCUCUCUGCAACCUGCGGUCCCAGCAGAGAAACCCUGUGAUCCCUGUUCCAGGCGACAUGGAGCACGACUCACUCUACUCGGGGGGUGAGUGGCACUUCAACCGCUUUUCAAAACUCACAUCUUCUCGGCCACAUGCAGCUUUUGCUGAAAUCCAGCGGACUUCUCUCCCUGAGAAGUCACCACUCUCAUCUGAGACCCGUGUCCACCCCUGUGAUGAUUUGGCUCCUGUGGCAAGACAGCUUGCUCCCAGGGAGAAGCUUCCUCUGAGUAGCAGGGGACCUGCUGCGGUGGGGGCUGGGCUCCAGAAUAUGGGAAAUACCUGCUACGUGAAUGCUUCCCUGCAGUGCCUGACAUACACACCGCCCCUUGCCAACUACAUGCUGUCCCGGGAGCACUCUCAAACUUGUCAUCGUCACAAGUGCUGCAUGCUCUGUACUAUGCAAGCUCACAUCACACGGGCCCUCCACCGUCCGGGCCAUGUCAUCCAGCCCUCACAGGCAUUGGCUGCUGGCUUCCAUAGAGGCAAGCAGGAAGAUGCCCAUGAAUUUCUCAUGUUCACUGUGGAUGCCAUGAAAAAGGCAUGCCUUCCCGGGCACAAGCAGGUAGAUCCUCACCCUAAGGACACCACCCUCAUCCACCAAAUAUUUGGAGGGUACUGGAGAUCUCAAAUCAAGUGUCUCCACUGCCAGGGCAUUUCAGACACCUUUGACCCUUACCUGGACAUCGCCCUGGAUAUCCAGGCAGCUCAGAGUGUGAAGCAAGCUUUGGAACAGUUGGUGAAGCCCGAAGAACUCAAUGGAGAGAAUGCCUAUCAUUGUGGUCUUUGUCUCCAGAAGGCGCCUGCCUCCAAGACGUUAACUUUACACACUUCUGCCAAGGUCCUCAUCCUCGUAUUGAAGAGAUUCUCCGAUGUCACGGGCAACAAACUUGCCAAGAAUGUGCAAUAUCCUGAGUGCCUUGACAUGCAGCCAUACAUGUCUCAGCACAACACAGGACCUCUUGUCUAUGUCCUCUACGCUGUGCUGGUCCACGCUGGGUGGAGUUGUCACAACGGACAUUACUUCUCUUAUGUCAAAGCUCAAGAAGGCCAGUGGUAUAAAAUGGAUGAUGCCGAGGUCACUGCUUCUGGCAUCACUUCUGUCCUGAGUCAACAGGCCUAUGUCCUCUUUUAUAUCCAGAAGAGUGAAUUGGAAAGACACAGUGAGGGUGUGUCAAGAGGCAGGGAACCAAGAGCCCUUGGCCCUGCAGACACAGACAGGCGAGCAACGCAAGGAGAGCUCAACAGAGACCCCUGCCUCCAGGCACCCGAGUUGGACGAGCACUCGGUGGAAAGAGACACUCAGGAAAGCACCUUAGACCACUGGAAAUUCCUCCAAGAGCAAAACAAAACGAAGCCUGAGUUCAACGUCAGAAAAGUCGAAGGUACCCUGCCUCCCAACGUAGUUGUGAUUCAUCAAUCAAAAUACAAGUGUGGCACCAAAAACCAUCAUCCUGAACAGCAAAGCUCCCUGCUAAACCUCUCUUCGACGAACCCGACAGAUCAGGAAUCCAUCAACACUGGCACACUCGCUUCUCGGCAAGGGAGGACCAGGAGAUCCAAAGGGAAGAACAAACACAGCAACAGGGCUCUGCUUCUGUGCCAGUGAUCUCAGUGGAAGUGCUGACCCACACGUAGGG